AUGGGAUGGAGGUUUGUUCAAAUGAGAUCUCCUCGUAUUUACAAUACCAAACAAACAAUGGUAGUUGGUCAGAGUGGAGGAACUAACAGUCAAGGAUGGGAUGAAUCUAUUGAUAGAAUGGUGAAUCAGUUUUGUUUGCAAUCUAUCAGAACGACGAGAUCUGACUUUUACCCUGGCAACCCUAUACAAUAUACUCUUGCACUAGACGACGCUGAAUCGAAACGUUUGAAAUUACAUUCAAAGAUAUACGAUGAAUACAGAGAUUUACCAAUAUCAACUCAAGAUUCAAUGUUGUUGGAUGAUACAAGUAAUAAUCUAUCUUCAACUUCAACUUCGACAACUUCAGCAACUACAUCAACUAGUUCAAAUAAUAUACAUGAUGAAAAGAGAAGAAAACUUGAACCUGAUAAUAGUUUAGUAUUAUCAAAUAAACAGAAUAAUAAUAAUAAUAAUAGUAGAUCAUUAAUGAAUAUAGAAGGACAAGGACAAGGACAACAACAAGGAUUACAAUUUGUUAAACCAGAAUGGCAUGCACCAUGGAAAUUGAUGAGAGUGGUGAGUGGACACACUGGAUGGGUGAGAUGUGUGGGAUUUGGCAAGCGGAGAACUCAAGUUGUCGCUGGUGGGCCAUAUUGGUGCCGUGAGGGGGUUGGAGAUAUCCAAUCGCCACCCAUACCUCUUUUCAGUGGCCGAAGACAACAAGAACGGUGUCUAUUCGGUCGCUUUGCAUCCGACUCUGGACAUUUUAUUCACUGGUGGACGAGACCGCACCAUCAACGUGUGGGACAUGCGUACCAAGGCCGCUAUCUUUCAACUGCGUGGUCAUGCCGGCCCGGUGAGAUCGCUGCUUUCACAGGCUCCCAACCCCCAGCUCAUCUCGGGCUCGCAAGACUCGACCGUCUGUCUCUGGGAUAUAGCCACAGGCACCAAAGUGUCGACGUUGACCAACCACAAAAAGGCAGUGCGUGCCAUGGUCAUGCACGACAAGGAGUUCUCAUUUGCCACUGGUGCAGCUGA